UUGUUUUGUGUAGUCAUUCUGAAAAAAAUACUUCACUGUGAAAAAGUGAAUACGGAAAAUUUUAUUACAGAGGAGAAAAAAAAACAUAAAAGUGUUAAAUUAAGUGUAAAAAUUAUAAAUAAUUUGUAAAAAUUAUUACAAAAUAAAGCAAAAAGUUUAAUUCUUAAAAAACAAAAGAAAUUAUAUGUCAUUCUUAAAAAUAUAAGUGUUAAUUUGUAGUCUAAAAAAAAAACAAACCCAAAAAAGACACAAAAAAUGGCUUCAUUUUUUAAUGUGGGUACCAACCCAUUUUCUACGCCUGUUGGCCAAAGGAUUGAACAAGCCACCGAUGCAUCUUUAGCAUCUGAAAACUGGGCUCUCAAUAUGGAAAUCUGCGAUAUGAUCAAUGAAUCUUCCGAUACAGCACGUGAUGCCAUGAAAGCCAUACGUAAACGUUUACAACAGAAUGCUGGUAAAAAUAAUCAAGUCAUUAUGUUUACCCUGAUUGUCUUAGAGACUUGUGUUAAGAAUUGUGGCAAAGCGUUCCAUGUGCUAGUGGCUCAAAAAGACUUUAUACAAGAAUUGGUUAAAUUGAUAGGUCCGAAAAAUGAUCCACCCAUGGUGGUGCAGGAAAAAGUACUCAGUCUUAUACAGACUUGGGCAGAUGCGUUUAAAAAUCAACCAGAUUUGAAUGGGGUAACACAAAUGUAUACCGAACUAAAGAAUAAGGGUAUUGAAUUCCCACAGCCAGAUGCUGAAAAUAUGGCUCCCAUAUAUACACCUCAAAGGAGUGUUCCCGAGCAGCCACCACCUCAGGUUAUGAGUCAACCUGCUGCUGUAUCACCACAACAUCCCAUUAUGACCGGAGCAGCUUUACCGGCUGCUGGUCCCACACAACUCUCGGCAGAACAAAUUGCUAAAUUACACUCUGAAUUGGAAAUUGUAUCGAUGAACAUGUCGAUUUUAGGUGAAAUGUUGACAGAACAACCGGGCCAAGAGGAACCGGAUGAUUAUCAAUUACUCAAUGAUUUAACAGCUACAUGCAAAGAAAUGCAAUCACGUAUUGUUGAUCUAAUUGGUCGUGUUACCGAUGAUGAACUGACCGCUGAAUUGCUACGCAUCAAUGAUGAGUUAAACAACUUGUUCUUGCGUCAUCAACGUUAUGAGAAGAAUCGUGCCAGUCACACUGGUGUCACUUCACCAUCAGCAGUUUUAGGCGCUGCCAUUGGUAUACCACCACCAUCGAAUGCAGCUACGGUUGGUGCAGCUGCUGCAGGUGGUGCUGCCGCCGCUGAAUCACCAAAAUUAUUAGAUUUUCCCGAUAGUAAUAAAGAUGAUUUGUUAAAUAGUUUUAGUCGUUUAGGUGUCAGUAAUACAACGAAACCAACAGCCAAGGAUGCCGAUGAAUUUGAUAUGUUGGCACAAUCUCGCACUAAUGGCAACAACAAAAGUGAUUUAUUAAAAGACAUUCCAACAUUGGACGCCACCGCUGGCAGUUUGGGAUCACCCUUUAAACGUCCCGGCAACAAUAUGCCGGUGCCUGCUAAAGAAAAUGAGAUCGAUGAGAUGGAAGAAUGGUUAGGCAGCUCUAAAGAGAUUGAGGGUCUAGAGGAAACGGUAACCAGCUCAGAAUUUGAUAAAUUUCUUGAAGAACGAGCUGCUGCGGCCGAAAAUCUUCCCACUAUACAAGCCACUAAUAAUUUAGAUAAUGCUCAACAGCUUACAGCAACAGCGGAUAAAAAUAAAUCGAAAAAAGCCGAAGAAGAUCUACUAUUACUUUGAGCUUAUGGUUGUUGGAGUAUUUAUAUAAUUUGUUGUUAAAAUUUCUACUUUUAUUAACUACUUCGUCUGAAAAGAAAAGAAAAAAAACCUCAUCAAUGAAAGGAAAACAACCAACACACAUUAUUAUAAUAUUAUUAAAAUAAUAUUGGCUUUAAUUGUUUAUUUACUAAAUGUCUAAUUCAAAAUACAACAACAAGUAAUAGAUAAAACGAUAACUCGAUAAACGAUAAACAAUUUAUUUAUACAUACAUAUAUAUAUCUAAUGAUAAAAAACACUCUAACAUUACUAAUGAUAUAGAAAAACUAACAAAAUAAAAAAAUAAUUAAAAAAAAGUAUUGCUCUUAUAUAUACACACACACACCCACUUAACUUUAACUUAUUUCAUUAAAAAAAGCGUAAAAACUAAAGUAAAAAAUAAACACACAACAACAGCCAACAACAACACACUUUUUUAUAUGUUUAAAUGUGUUUUAAAACUAAUAAUUUUUGUGUAAAACUUUAUUGUAUAUCAUUGUUUACAAAUUAUGUUUAACUUUAUUAAUUUUAUAUCAGAAACAAAUUUAAAUAAUUCCCUUUAUGGCUUUAAAUUAACUUUAUAUUAAACUAAAAAAAAA